CAUCCACUCAGUGAGAUCGAUAGUUCAUCGUAUCUCUCACGUCCAUCCGUCGUCGCUAUAAUCUGCGUGUCCACCCCAGGAUGUCCUCUCAGCACGGGCAAGAUGCCAAAUUCUUUCAACGUGGAAAGAUCGAGGAAUUUCGAGCCGAACUUCAGGCCGCCGAAUCAAAGGACAAGAAGUAUCAGAAGCGGAAGACAGUCCUCAAGAAGAUUGUGGCCAAUAUCACCAUGGGGAACGACAUGUCACCUCUCUUUCACGAUGUGAUACAGUGCUAUAGGCACCCCUUUGCUGGAGAUCAAGAAAAGUCUAUCUUUACUUGGUCAGCUAUGGUCGUUCGAAGCCAGACCAAAUACACAUGGUCAUCCCGAGCUUCCUUCAGGACUGCAAUGAUCGAAAUCCCCUUGAUUCGGGCACUUGCCAUACGCACGAUGGCUUACAUCCCUAUACCUGUUGAUCGUGACCCAUACGUACGCAAGACAGCUGCGAUCUGCGUGGCUAAAUUAUAUGUAGCGGACCCGCGGAAAGCUGAGAAGGCCGGAUUUGUUGAGAUGCUCAGGGACAUGCUUCUUGAUUCUAAUGCGACUGUGGUGGCCAAUGCCGUUGCUGCGCUCUCAGAAAUUGGAGACCGCCAGGACGGUGUUAUAUUUCGACUUAACCUUACGGUCGCAAAUAAGCUCAUCGCUUCCCUCGGAGAAAGUUCGGAGUGGGGUCAGAUUUACAUCCUGGACUCUUUGCUGCGCUUUGUGCCUGAAGAACACUCCGAGGCUGAGAUGAUGGGCGAACGAAUCAUCGUGCAAUUGCAACAUGCUAAUUCGGCUGUGGUAUUGACCGCUAUUAAAGUGCUCCUCUACCUAAUGAAUUACAUGGAAAAUCGGCGAUUGAUUGAAUAUAUUUGCAAGAAGAUGGGACCGCCCUUGGUCGCUCUACUAUCCUCUGGACCAGAGGUCCAAUAUGUCACCCUUAGGAAUAUCUUGCUUAUUAUCCAGCGGCGACCGGCGGUGCUCAAAAACGAUGUUAAAGUUUUCUUUUGCAAAUAUAACGACCCCAUCUAUGUUAAACUAGCGAAGCUGGAAAUCAUGUAUCGUCUCGCACGCGAGGAGAAUGCGCAGGAAGUGCUGGCUGAGUUGGAAGAGUACGCGUCGGAGGUGGACAUCGACUUUGUACGCAAAUCUGUACGGUCAAUAGGUCGACUGGCGAUCAAAGUGGAAGCUGCUGCUGAUAAUUGCAUCCAAUCCUUACUGACUCUUAUUGAGACCAAAGUCACCUACGUCGUCCAAGAGGCCGUCAUCGUCAUAAAAGACAUCUUCAGACGGUAUCCCGGCAAGUAUGAAGGCAUCAUCCCGACACUGUGUGAAAACCUGGAUGUCCUGGAUGAACCUGAAUCGAAAGCUGCGAUGAUUUGGAUAUUGGGACAGUUCGCAAAUAGGAUCGAUAACGCCGACGAGUUGCUUGACGACCUUGUCUACAGUUUCUUGGAUGAACCUACUGAGGUUCAACUCGCUCUCCUUACCGCAACAGUUAAGCUUUUCAUCUACAAAUCAACCUCUGAUGCUACAAAAGCGCUGGUACACAAAGUUCUGAAAUGGGCGACAGAGAACGUUGACAACCCAGAUUUACGUGACCGCGGGUUCAUGUAUUGGAGAAUGCUAGCCGUGAACCCUACCUUGGCCCAAGAAUUAGUUCUCGCACAGAAGCCUGCAAUCACGACCGACUCCGACCGUAUGGAUCGAGGUGCACUUGAUCAAUUGCUGCUUCACACGGGAACCCUUGGAAGUAUCUACCAUAAGAAUCCGGAGCAGACAUUCAUUCGGAAUGCAGCGGGAAGAGCUUUGGUUGAUACGCCCGCUUUGAACCCCUCUUCCAGGGCAGUUAUUUUACCGCUUUCGCGACCGCACUUACCGCCGACCACGAUUACGGUCCAGGGACCAGGACCGAUAGAACCUACAUAUGUUCCCCCUGCCGAGCCGUCGAAGCUAGUGGCGUCCGCUACAUCAGAAGCAAGUGGCCAGGAUUUAUUGGAUGUAGAUAAUGCAAUCGCGAGACCGGGAAGUUACGACGGAGAGAUCGAUGUAGAUGGCGAGGACGAGGUUCCGGUGAAGACGGGUGACCCAUAUGCUAAUUUGGAUGGCGCUUUUGGCGGCUAUCUGGCUGAUAAACCCCAACCUAUGAGCAGUGGCAGGGGUGGCAACACCAACUUCGAUGAUUUGCUCCUUUGA